AUGAACGAUCCCUGCGCGAUGUAUUUGCCGAACAGUCCACUCCCGACUCAAAUCCAUCCAACCGAUACGCGACGAACGCGUGCCAACUCGACCUCGCAGAGUACGACCGGCACUUCGUCCGGUCUACGCUGCACCACGGAUUUAUCAUGGACUGACUACCUCUUGGAAGAAAAAGCAUUUCUUUUCGACAUUCUAUUUGCUGGGGUUAUUGACAAGUUUGCUGCCGAGGUUUCUGAGGAUUGCUCGGACUUCUGGGCGACUUUCCUGGUCAGCGAACUGUUUGCGCAAUACCAGGACCUUGUUUCUGAUGACUCCGACGUCGACAUCGACCAGUUGAUGCACCACGCUCGACUGUACAACGGCCCCCAUGGCAGUCUUCACAGCACCGUUCAUAUUGUGGCACACUGGUGUCCGCUUCGCAAGCCAAAGGGGACUGUGGACCCAGAGUACGCCGACGAAGACGAGAAUGGGAAACGGAAGCGCGCCAGUGGUGACGAGCCGUCAAGGCGUAGAGCACCGACGGAACCAAGUGCGGAGGAGGAUUACACCAGUACUUACAACACGGAUUUCCUUUCGAUCCGAGUGCUCCAGAAGAUCUUCCCUCGCCUGCGCGACGACUGUCUUCUCCAGGAUCUUGUGAAGAAGAAGUACGCCAUGAACGACAGCAAAGGAAACAGGUUGAACGGAAGACUGCCUUACGCCCACGAUGCGGCGUCUGUUGUCCGCCAAUUCGCGUCUACCUUCCACCUUCUCGAGCUCUCCACUGCACCCUUCGUCGUCUUGCUUAGAACGCCAGUCCGCGAGGAGUUUGUGAAGCGCUAUCAUGACUUCGAGAAUGGCGAUCAAAUUAUGAUUGGAGGCAUACUUCGCACAGUCUUCCACAUACGCCAUCCGGAGCAUACCUCUCGCCACGCCACCCCUGCCCAACUUGGAGAACUGCUGGAUGUGCUCAAGCAAAUGCAGCUGCACUCUCUACCUACCGAGAUCGACUUGGAGUGGGUCAAAGGUCUUGUGCAGCGCCGACGCAGUGCGCCCCCAACAGAGAAAGCUCCAGCCUCGACUGCCCCAAGUCCUUGCGCGACCGAGCAGCUCCGCGAAGCGUGUGAUGCAUUCACGUGGCAUGCAGUUCGCAUCACAGCACGACCUUUGAAAUCCUCUGGAGAGCCUGACGCUACGUGGCAGCAGGAGGUGCAGAAGUCUGGAUCGCACAGCACAGAGUGGCGGGCGGAGAUGAUAGCGGCUAUGCGCAACGAAGCUCGUUCACAGAGGGUAAAGUCGUAUCACGCUCUCGGAGAGUCCGGCCCAUACGGCAGCUCGUGGAAGGCAAAGCUCUCUGCUGGAUUCACCGACGAACAUAAGUCCGCCGCUGCCGAGAAUACGUCGAAGCUGCACGCUCUCGGAGAGUCCGGUCCAUACGGCAGCUCGUGCGUGGAGAAACAGCGAGAGUCUAUGUUGAAGCUACAUUCUCUUGGAGAGUCUGGUCUAUACGGUAGCUCGUGGAAGGCAAAAAUCUCUGCUUCAUUCACCGACGAACGUCGGUCCGCCACUGCCGAGAAUAAGUCGGAGCUGCACGCUCUCGGAGAGUCCGGUCCAUACGGCAGCUCGUGGCGGGAGAAGUCGCAGGCUGGUCAUUUAGGACAGAUCAGGGUUGCGAGAAACCGUGCUGUCGUCGCACAAGACGGAAAGUUCAAGCGCGGCGAUCUCAAUCAGCUCUCCAUCCUGCCUCCUCUGGCCUCCACUCUGCCUCGUGCAGAGUUGCAUUUUCACCUUCGUGGUGCAAUGGGAUUUCUGGGGCUCGACAUACCGAACAACCUCGAGCGUCCACCAGAUACCGUCGCCAGACCAGUUUCUGCGUCCUUCGGCACUCCCAAGGAGUACACAACGCCGUGGCAUCACCGGGACAAAUUCUCCAAGAAUGACCGUAUCAAGUCCAACUUCGCCGAGUUGCUGUACUCCCGCGACAGUCCACAUUUGACACACAAGGAACGAAAGGAUGAGGCCGAGCAAUCCGGGCGUACUGAAAUAAGCGUUGCUGACGUCAAGGUGUGGGUGAAGACAAUGCUCUUUGCGGAGGAUUUGUAUCUCACAGCACAGUCGUACGGUAUUGCUGGUACUGAAGCACAGUAUACGAAGAAGACGGGACUGUGGGAUGUGAAGAAAAUGUAG